CUCUGCGUCUCUGAUUUUGAUGCUUGCAAAGGGACAGAGAGAGGAGAGAGAGAGGAGGAGGUAUCAGACGUACAAGUAGGAGCAGGACAGUGUGAUUUUACUGCCACCGUGUUCCCUCCUCUCCUCUCUCCUCAGUCCUCACUGCCCAGUCCUCACAAGCUCCUCGGCUCCUUUCGCUUCUUCCCCUUCCCCUCUGUUCUUCGCCCCUCGCACAGCGCCAUUGCGGAGUGGGUGAGGUGGGAGAGAGUAAGGCAGAGCGAGGAGGAGCAAGACUGAUUGCAUUGCUAAAGGCGAAACAGAGAAAGGAGGUUGGUUGGGUUCCGCGGCGGCCGGCGAUGCUGCGGAGGAUGGUGUCCGACCCGGCCCCGGACUCCUCCGGCGGGGAGGCCAGGCCCCGCGCCGGCGCCGCGCUCUUCGCCGUCCCGCGGCUCUUCGUCGGGUUCGCCGCCAAGCGCCCGUCCGACGGCGAGUCCUCGAGGAGCCCGACGUCGCCGCUCGACCCCAAGGCGCUGCUGCUCCGGUCGCCGCGCUCGCCGAGGACCUGGGGCGCGCCGGGCCUCGUGGACGCCCUCGCCGGCGACGCCACCAACUGCCUGCUCAGCCCGCGCCUGCGGCUCAAAUCGUACAGCUCCCUGCCCAAGGACUGCGGCGGCGGCGGCGGCGGUUAUUCGCCGCCGGAGCUCGGCAAGACGAUGUCUUGCCCCGCCCCGGACACCGCGGCCGCCGCCGGCAUGUCGGUGCCGUGCAGCAGGUUCCACCACGGGGAUCUGAAGUCUGGUCCCGAGGCCACUCAGUCGGAUGGCGCUCAACUCAGCAAUGGCAAGCGGCACUCGUUCGAUCUCGGCAAGCUCCCGGGGCCCGGAUCGCUGCCGGCGUCGAUCGCCGCCGGGACCCGUGGCUUCAUCGGCUCGGUCUCGGCGAGCGAGAUCGAGCAGUCGGACGACUACACCCGCAUCAUCGCGCGCGGCCCGAACCCGAAGACGACGCACAUCUUCGGCGACUGCAUCUUGGAGCCCCACACGGUUGGGGACUCCGACGAGGCCGCCAUGGAGGUGGAGGAAGGAGCCGCCGGGUGCUACUUCGUGGUCAAGUGCGCCGCCGGUGCUGCCCCGGCAGCCGACGACUUCCUGAGCACCUGCUUCACUUGCAAGAAGAAGCUGGAAGGCAAUGACAUCUACAUUUACCGUGGCGAGAAGGCCUUCUGCAGCGCCAAUUGCCGGGACCAAGAGAUCCAGCUCGAAGAGGAAGCCGAGAACAACACGGCGAGCAUCUCCCCUCGCUCGUCCUGCUCCUCCAUCCACGAGGACAUCUUCAUGGCCGGCAUGGUCGUCGCGACGUGACCUCGACGGACCCCCACCAAAACCCACCGCGCCGUCUCGCCGCCGCGGCGACGGCGACGAACGCGCCCGCCUUUUUUUCCUCCUCCCUUGCCGUUGCAAAGGGUUCAGACGAUCGCCAACGACGAUCCAUCAGCGGUGGACGUCGCCGUCAUCGUCAUCAUCAGCUUGUUGUUUUUGAUUCAGCAAACUGAAGAAACGGUGCGCUCAUGGUGGGUCAUCGCCGCUCGUCCUGGAAACCUGCAGGGAUCUGGGCUUUUUCAGAAAGAGGAGAGGGGAAGAGAUAGAGAGAGGUCGCCUGCCUGCCACUGUAGUUUUGAUCCCAAAGGCUGCUUGGCUGGCCGGCCAGUGUGCCCCCAUCUCAUCCCCUUUUUCUUGCUCGCUUUUCUUCUUCGCUUUCCUCCUACUCGCAGCAGCAGUGACUGUGUCUGCGCAUCGCAUUGCCACACUACUGCCUCUCUGAGAUAAUGACAUUGAGCUGCUUUGAGUCAUUUUCCAUUGCUCUUUUA